AUGCACCGGAUCGGUGGCGGCCUGCUUCGGGCGGCUCGGUGCGGUGGCGCUGUGCGCGGGCAGGCCAACCAGCCCAAGCCUGAGAAAAUCGAGGUGUUCAUUGAUGGGAAGUCUGUGCUGGUCGAUCCUGGAAUGACCAUCCUCCAGGCGUGCGCAUUGGUCGGUGUCGACAUCCCACGCUUCUGCUACCAUGACCGUCUCUCUGUCGCCGGAAACUGCCGGAUGUGCCUUGUGGAGGUGGAGAAGAGUGUCAAGCCCGUUGCCUCGUGCGCUAUGCCGGUGAUGAAGGGAAUGCGAGUGAAGACCAACUCGGAUUUCACAAAGAAGGCCCGUGAAGGUGUUAUGGAAUUUCUGCUCGUAAACCAUCCGCUGGAUUGUCCCAUUUGUGAUCAGGGUGGCGAAUGCGAUUUGCAAGACCAAUCAUUCGUCUUCGGCUCGGAUCGUAGUCGACACCAGUGCGGGCAAGACGGCAAGCGAGCCGUUGAGGAUAAGAACAUUGGACCAUUGGUGAAGACUGUGAUGACCCGCUGCAUCCAGUGCACCCGCUGCGUCCGAUUCGCCAAUGAAGUCUGUGGCGUGCCAGAUCUUGGCACGACUGGCCGUGGUAAUGAGAUGCAGAUUGGUACAUACGUCGAAAAAAUGUUUGCUUCGGAGCUUUCCGGCAACGUUAUCGAUUUGUGCCCUGUCGGUGCUUUGACCAGCAAGCCUUACAGUUUCACCGCUCGGCCCUGGGAAUUGCGCAAGACUGAAUCGGUGGAUGUUAUGGAUGGCACGGGCCAAAACAUCGUGGUCUCUCAUCGAGGUGGUGACGUCAUGCGUAUUAUUCCGAAGAUGAAUGAUGAAGUCAACGAGGAAUGGAUUUCCGAUCAGGCGCGCUUUUCCUACGACGGUUUGAAGAGGCAGCGAAUCCUUACCCCAAUGGCCAAGAACACCAAUGGGACCCUACAACCCGUGUCUUGGGAAGAGGCCCUUUUCACUGUGGCGCAGCGCCUGAAGGACACUCCUGCUGAACUGAAGGCUGCUGUAGUCGGAGGAAUGAAUGAUCUCGAAUCGUUGGUCGCGCUCAAGGAUUUGUUCAACCGAUUCAAUUCCGAGCUGCUCUGUACCGAAGAAGGCUUCCCUACUGCUAACGGUGGCACUGAUCUGCGCUCGAACUACACAUUCGGCUCCGGGUUGGCCGGAAUUGAGGAAGCUGAUGCGAUCCUUCUCGUUGGCACUAACCCCCGUUAUGAAGCACCCGUUCUGAACGCCCGCCUGAGAAAACAUUAUCUCUAUUCCGAGGUGGAAGUUGGAGCGAUUGGAAACCCGGGUGAUCUCACUUACAACUACACUCUGCUUGGGGAGUCUGCCUCAGCCCUCGAUGCUGUGCUUGCGGGUAAAGGAGACUUUGCUCAGAAGCUGCAUUCUGCCCGUCGCCCUCUCAUCAUCGUGGGCUCGAAGAAGCUUCAGGGCGCCGAUGGCGGCAAGCUACUGGGUCAACUCCAACAGCUUGCUCAGAAAUUGAGCAGCACCGCCGAGGACAAAUCUGCGCCGGUGCUGAACAUUCUUCAGCGUACAGCCAACCAGAGCGGUGCUUUGGAUAUUGGUUACAAGGCCGGAACCUCAUCGCUCCGCAAGAAGCCCGUCAAGUUCCUCUACAUGCUUGGGGCUGAUGAGGGUGUCGUCUCCCGCACUGACCUAGACCCUGGAUCUUUCAUCGUCUACCAAGGCCAUCACGGAGACCGCGGUGCAGAAAUCGCCGAUGUUGUGUUGCCUGGAGCUGCUUACACGGAGAAGGAUGGCAUCUAUGUCAACACGGAAGGCCGGGCGCAGCGUGGUUACCCAGCUGUGGCUCCCCCUGGCGAGGCUAGGCACGAUUGGAAGAUAAUUCGUGCGCUUUCGGAAGUUUCUGGGAAGACGCUUCCUUAUGACAACAUCAAGACGCUGCGUGCCCGUUUGAUCGAGUUGGCCCCUCACUUGAACCGAUUCGGUGACUUGGAGGGAUCCUCCUUUGGUCAUUUGGGCGCCAAGCUUGGCCAAGGGAGCUCGACCGACCUUUCCUUGACGCCGGAGCAAAAGGAGCUGGCUGAUUACUACGUCACAAACUCGGUUACACGCGCUUCCGUUACAAUGCCCAAAAAGCCGCGCAGGGCCACAAGAUCGACCCGUUCGUCGACGAGAAACGCCCCGAGUUCUACCAACACGCUUGAGCUCAUCUACACCAGUCCCAAAUUACGAGUGAACUUAUUUUCACCAUGGCCGCAAGACCGCUACGUCACUACCAUCGACGGCGAACAAGCAAAUCUA